AACAGAAUUUACCGUUGGAGAUGCGUAGUGUUGCUAAUUGACGCCAUGUUAUUUUCCGUGAUGUGUUAGCACCGCAAUGUAGAAUCUAACUAGAGCCUAUUUUUGUUCGUGUUUGAAUUACUGUUUUUGUUUUAAGAUAAAUAAAACAGUGUGAAUACUAUUGAAAUAAAUUUUAUUUUAUUUAAAAGUGACGUAUUUGUUUUUAAUAAACAAUAACUGAACGUAGUAUUGUUUAUAAUUUUGCGCAUUAGCGAUAGCAUAUACUGAUAUAGGAAAAUAGGGAAACGCAUCACACUGGAUAUACUUUUUGGACGUAAGCCUAAGCGUUUCCUAGCGAAAAUUAUCUUGUCGAAGGGACGUGAUGAACGGUAGCUUUCGGCAUUGAAAAAGCUUUCAGUUACUAUUUGCGUACCGUGCUCCCUACGCUGGCAUUUAAAAUGCCUGUUCGUAGACAAGGUGAGGCUCACCGGGCCUUAGAGCUGUUAGAAGAGUAUCAUACGAAACUAACUAAACCUCAAGAUAAACAGCUGAGAAAUGCUAUUGAACGAGUAAUAAGAAUCUUUAAAAGUAGACUUUUUCUAGCUCUGUUAGACAUUCAAGAAUUUUACGAAAUGACACUUCUAGACGAUAAUAAGAGCGUCCAGCAGAAAACGGCGGAAACUUUACAGAUUGCUUGUAAAUGGGAAAACAGUCCCCCGAUCACGGGCUUGAAUAAUGAGGUAAGAAAUACACGGAUUUCAUAA